AAAUUUUCUCUCUGUAUAUAUAGCAAGCAGCUUCUGCUUGAAACCACAAGAUCAGUGCAGCAGUAUCAUGAGGACCUGCAACUACAUUUCUGCAGCUGUGGCAUCGCCGCCGCCGCUCAGGCAAUGGCCCGGCGGUAUUUCAUGGCGGCGGUCCAGCAGGUUGCAAUGUUCUGCCACACCAACACGGCAUGGUGACCUUGACAAGAAAGGUGACAACCGCCUGAGGCAGACCACCGGCAUUUUCCAGCCAUCUAUCUGGGGAGAUGUCUUCCUCGACUACUCCAACCCAGCAGCAGCUUCGUCGCAACAACAGAUUCAGAUGCAGGAACGAGUGGACAAACUGAGGGAAGAAGUGGCAAAAAUGAUAGUAAGUUCAACUACUACUAGUAGUAGGCUCCACCUCAUCGAUGCAUUGGAGCGUCUAUGCUUGGAUCACCUGUUCGAACAAGAGAUCAGUGCUACACUAGCACAGAUUGAGACUGCUGAUGUUACUGACUGGGAUCUUGGAACGGUAGCACUGUGGUUUUGUCUACUUCGGAAACAUCGAUACACGGUCUCGCCAGAUGUGUUUGUAAGGUUCAAAGACAAAGAAGGUGGUUUUCUAGUGGACAGUCCUAAAGACCUACUGAACCUUUAUAAUGCUGCGCAUAUGAGGACUCAUGGAGAUAUAAUACUUAACGAAGCUAUACUGUACAGCCAAAGGCGUUUAGACACAAUGAUACCCUACAUGGAAGGAUCAUUGGCACGUGAAAUAAAAUCUGCACUUGAGAUUCCCCUCCCUAGAAGAGUUAGAAUUUAUGAGUUUAAGUAUUACAUCUCAGCGUAUGAGAAAGAUGCCACGGUGCAUGAGAAGGUGUUGCAACUUGCAAAGUUGAACUCAAAUAUUAUGCAGCUCCAUCACCAACAUGAGUUGGAUAUCAUUUCAAGGUGGUGGAAAGAUAUACAUAUUGAAUCAAAGCUUCCAUUUGUUCGAGAUAGACUUGUGGAGUGCUAUUUGUGGAUAUUAGGGGUAUACUAUGAACCAUGUUAUUCACGAGGCCGAAUAAUAUUGACAAUGAUUACUGCCAUUGUGACCCUUUUAGAUGAUACUUAUGAUUCUUAUGCAACUCCGGAAGAAUGUGAAUUAUUUACCAAGUGCAUGGAAAGCUGGGAUUCAAUGGAGGCUCAUGACCUUCCAGAGUGCAUGAAAUUUGGUUUAGAGAAAAUAUUCGACAGCUAUGGGACCAUUGAAAAUAUGCUCCACCAGGAGGAGAAAUAUCGCAUGCCAUAUCUAAGACAGUCGAUAAAAGACCUGGUUAGAAGCUACAACAUGGAGGUAAAAAUGCUUCAAGCAGGAUACAUUCCGAAGUCCACUGAAGAACAUCUGAAGCUUUCAAUGAUAACAGUUGGAUAUCCCAUUUUGUCAUGUGCUUCGUUCGUUGGGAUGCAUGAUAUAGCAACAAAGGAUUGUUUUGAUUGGGUUUCUUCUGUACCUAAAAUGGUGGAGGCACUUUCCGUGAUUCUCAGACUGGUAGAUGAUCUCGUGUCAUAUGAGCGAGAGCAGCUCAUCCCUCAUGUCGCUUCGACAAUCGAUAGUUACAUGAAGGAGCACAAUGUCUCCAUUGAAAUUGCACGUGGGCAGAUACACGUACUCAAAGAGGAAUCAUGGAAAGAUUUUAACAGCGAGUGGCUUAACCGAGACAACAAUGCUUAUGGAAGGCAGGUACUCGAACGGCUAUUCAACUUGGCAAGGACAGCGGAAUUCAUGUAUAACAAAGAAGAAAAUUUCACAAAGUGUCACAAUUUAAAGGAUACCAUCCAUUCAUUGUUGUUGGCCGAACCAUUUAAGGUCCCCAUUUAGCACUAUGUGCUGUUAUAAGAAAUAAAUUAUAACUGUAUAAUUUUGUAUGAAUAAUGUUUGAUGACCUCAUCCUCCUGCACGCUUGUUAGUUGUCUAGACUGAAGA